GUCCGAUGCUCCUGCUGAUAGGAAGGCACAGCUCCAUGAUGGUUUCUGAGCAGGGCACUGAAACACAUUGGGAACUCCCCCUUGCUGGGUCAGCCCCACAGCUUUGUUGUAUUGCUGUUGAAGACUAUGCUCCCUAAUUACCCCCAUCAGCCAGAGCUGUGGGGUUUCUCAUCAGUCCUGGCACACACACAAGUCCCUGGCCAGGUCUCCACCAAACCACCUCCAGCCCUUGACCCUGGGGCCCUGGCACUUAUCCCAUCCUGGAUUAGAGGGGCCACUUUAACGAGUUAAUGCCCCCUGGUGAUGCUUGCUCUCUGCAGUCACAGGCUCUGUGCCAGGACUUUCCCCUGCUGGAGGAAGAAACUUUCUAGCCCCAGGGGCAAGUUCUCAGCUCCUGCUAAAUGGACGCCAGCUGAGCACUGGGGCUUGUAUGUCCUGCUCAUCCUUGGGUCUCUAGUGUCUCCCAGAGCAUCUCAACCUCCUCACAGCUUUUUGUGGGGUGGUGGAGGCUGUGGGUAAGAAGUGAGUAUGGAAAAUACACCCCAGAAGCCAGAGGUUGUCUCCUCCAUUGGAGCUCUGUUAGUAGCGACGACAACACUGACCGUAAGAUUCAUCACCAGGAGGUUCAUUGGAGACUAUGACCCAACGCUAGAAAUGAUUUACAGGCACAUGGCUGUCAUCGAUGGGGAGAUGGUGCACUUCGAGAUCCUUGACACGGCGGGGCAGGAGGAAGACUCCCUGCAGAUAGAGGAGAAGAUCAAGUGGGGAGAUGGCUUUGCGGUGGUCUACUCGGUGACGGACCGGUGCAGCUUCGACGAGGUUGUGCGGCUCUGCUUCCUCAUCAACCACAUCCACGCCAGCCCCAAGCGGAGCGGUGGGAGCGAGCAGCCCCCUGUGGUCAUCGUGGGCAACAAGAAGGACUUGCAGUUUGACAGGAUGGUGUCCACAGAGGAUGGCGAAAACCUCUCCAAAACCUUGAAGCUUCCUUUCUAUGAGAUCUCCACCCGGGACAGCUAUGAAGAGACCGUGGUGGUGUUCAACACCCUCUACCAGGAGCUCAUGAGGCAGGGGCACUUCUCCCCGGGCUCCUUCAAGAGGAGGACAGUGUCAAAGGUGAUGGAGAAGAUCCCCAAGAUGCAAGCCAGCUCCACCUUGAACUCGGCGGGCCGGAGCCUCAGCUUUAACUCCUUCAGGGACUACAUCCCCGAGUGAGCACCCCCAGGGCAGAGGCAGGAGCGAUGGACAAGCCGGGACCAGGGGAUGGGUCCUCCUGCUGCCAGGGCACCCACUGGGGAGUGAGAAGCCACCUUCCUCGGGGGCUGGAGGGCAGCUUGUGGGCCAGGGCUGAGCUCCUGGGAGGGGAAAGUUAAGAGGUGGGGCGGGUGGGAUUGGUGCUGAGCAGCCUCCAAAAGCCUGUAGGUUUCCACAAACAGGCUUUGCGUCGGCAGGGAGGAUGCUCUUCCUCUGUCCCACCCCUUUGCUCCCUCCUCCUCCUCCUCCAUGGCUGAAGUCAGCAACAAAGAUCAUCCCUGUUGGCUUCAGCGGUGCUGGGUCAACACUUGUAGGCACCAAUUUGCUUCGUUGAGUACCAGACCCAUCUCCGACACCUCCCUGUGGAUCCCCUGCUCCCCACCUGAGGCUCGCUGGGUUUUCUCGUGUCCCUUGGGCUCUGCUGGAGCCCUUCUCCUCCUCACUCACGGGCUGGCAGCACGGGCAUGUUCCGAAGGAAAGCAGAGAUCUGUUUACAGCAGGGGGAAAAAAGCCUGCUAACCUCUGGCUUUUCUCAAAACCUGUGUUUUUCAACAUCUGAAGCUUCUUAUCACUUUCUCCUUUAACACCACUGUAAAUAAAAGCCCGGGCAAUGGGCUCCUGGCUGAGGCUGCCCCUUGCUCUCCGUCUCCGCCUCACUCGGGGCUGCAGGCCUCCGUGGGGUGGCCAAGCAGGCUGCACUGCUGAUGUACGCUGCAACCUCGGGCUGAGAUCGUGCUUCUCCAUCCCAGGGGAAUAUUGUUCCUGAUGCAACUUCUAGUGAUGCCCUCGCCCUGCAGCUCAGCUCAGCAUUGGCAGUGUGUCUCAGAGAGUCCCCGGGGUGCAAAUCAUGGGACAUGGUGCAACGGAGCAGAGAGUGGGAGGUGCAAAUGAUUCUUGGUCCCUCACCUGCUUAUUAGUUGCCCCAUCCCAAAUAGGAAAUUGCUGUGGCCAGAGAAUUUGGGUGUGCUGCUGCAUCGUCAGCACCGGGGCACAUCCUCCCGCUGAGCUGCUCCUGCCUGAUUUCUCUUCCUCCCACCCUCCCAGUGCAGAGUGCUGCUUUGCCAUCCAAAAAGUGCAUUUUUUGGGAGACCUGCGGCGUGCCAUGUGUGUGUCCUCCGAGAAGUAACUGUGUGUUGCUGCGUCCUGUGACAAUAAAAGCCCAGACAGUGA